AUGGAUGCGGUGUUGAUGAAGGGGCCAUACACAUUGCGCAAUAUCCCACUGAUGCUGAAGGAGUGGAAACCGGAUUUUAACCUAAAAAGAGACAUGCUGCGAACCAUUCCUCUAUGGGUCAAGCUGCCAAAGCUUCCUCUCCACCUAUGGGGAGCAAAAAGCCUGAGUAAAAUUGGUAGUGCAUUAGGUGUCCCCCUUGUUAUUGACGAGUGUACUGCCAAUAAGCUGGAGAAUGCUAUCAAGGACUGUGAGGGACGGAGACUAAUGCAACCAGUGGAAUAUGAGUGGAAACCUCUGUACUGUGAAAGAUGCAAUAGCAUUGGAUACAAGUGUAGUGACUAUGUGAAGAAACAAUGGAAGCCUAAAGGAAAAGAUUUAGAGACUGCAGCUAGUAAUCCUAAACAGGUUAAUAUUGUAGUAGAGAAGCCAGCUAUAUCUGAGAAAGGAAGCGAAGUCAAGCAGUCAAAAGCAGGUAUUGAUGAGAAAGCUUGGACAGAGGCUAGAUCUACAAUAAAGGAUAGAGAGACUAGAGUAAAGCUAGGUAAAGCUAAAGUGAUAAGAGAUAAGCUGGGUGUACAUAAUAAUUUUGUAGACAAUUACCAAAAUCAUGCAAAUGGCCGUAUUUGGGUAUCUUGGAAUGAGAAUACUGUUGAUGUGAAAGUGGUGAAGAGCUCUGAUCAAUUUGUACACUGUGGAAUUUAUGAUACUAGAGGUAACUUCCAGUUUUGGCUCACUGCUAUCUAUGGGAUGAAUCAGCUCGAGCUCAGGAAAAGACUGUGGAAGGACAUUGCAGCUAUGAAACCUAAUGCUCCUGAACCUUGGUGUUUAAUGGGUGAUUUCAAUAACGUAUUGAAAGCUCAGGAUAGGAUCGGGGGAGAUUAG